GUUGUUAACACGUACCAUGUCUUUGUGAUUAACAAAAAAGAAACUUAUCAUUGGAUGCAGAGUGGGAAAUUAAAAAUUGCAAAACAAGAAAUUAAAAACGGAAAGCAUGUGUUGUUGGUUGAUCCAAAAUCUGUCACGGAUAUUAAUGGCGCUGUGCAGGUACGUUGCGUUAACUAUGUACUGUUUCACUCAAUGUGAUAUAUUCACUCCUAAUUCCAUGUGUUAAUGAAGAAUACAAAUGUGUUAUAGUAUUACAAACAUGUUCCUAAUGGAUAGAAAUAGUAGUGUGAUGGAGUUUUUACCCAAAGGGUGGCUUAAGCUUGCAGGAGUUGGCCAGCUUGUGUACCAAUGGGUAGCUAAUUGGUCAAGAAUAAGACAUGAAGGCACAUGGCAUGAUCCGGUCGGGGAAACCUGUCAGUUUCUUGACAUGGGAUAAGUGAUGUAUGUCGUCGAUCUACAUGAACUCUUUGAUCGGAUACAAUGAGACUUAUUUUGGGGAGUGGGCGAGAAGCGUUUUGGUUAAGUUUUAACAAUAGAAAGAAGCAGAUCGUGGAACACAGCCACGGUUAUGUAAGACUAGAUGUAUGACAUGGAUGUUUGAUGAAAAAUAAUACAAUUAUGCAUGGUCAAAACUCAAUUUUACAUCUUAUGGAUUUGUUGAUACAAAGUAGUAUAUUCAAACCAAUAGCAACAACAUGGUAACAAUAUUACCAGUUUCCUAUUUUUAAUGAUGAAACCAUUAAAAAGAAAAAAACCAGUCAAAUGAAAUGACAUUGUACUCGUUAUCUCUUUUGAGUUUGCUCCUAUUUAACCCCCAUACCAUUAGAGAAUAAACAAUCAAACAAAACACACACAACAGUUAAUUGAAUAACUUUUGUUUCUAACACAAUGGCCUCAUCUAGAUUCUUUUUAGUAGCUGCUUCUCUUCUCAUGGCAAUCAUGUUCUCUGCCAUGAUCACUUCAAGCCGCGCCACAAAACAGCUUACCAAGAAACAAACAUUAAAACCGAAGUUUUUUGGACAGCCUUUCCCCAAACCCGGUCUUCCUCAGUUUCCAAGACCCGGCGGUUUCCCAACAAAUCCAAUGCCAUUCCCUCAAUUCCCUAAACCCGGUUUUCCUCAACUCCCAGGGCAAGGUUUCCCAAAGAACCCCAUGCCUUUCCCUCAAUUCCCAAAACCCGGUUUUCCUCAAUUCCCCGGUUUUGGUUUCCCAAAAUUCCCUCAGUUUCCAAAACCCGGUUCACCUUCUUUCCCUCCAGCAACGCCAACCAUCUCCACUCCGCCCUCUAUCCCGGUUACUCCAACUUUGAGCAAUUGAAACUUCUCCUCCAAGCUUAUAUAAUUCAAAUAUUGUAACUGUUGUAACUAUACUCUUCCUCAUGUGUGAAGGAUUCUAUCAUCAACAUAAGCUAACUGAAUAUGGAUUGGUGGCUUUAAGAUGUGAUGAGUAUUGACUGUAUCCCCUAGACUAUAUUUGCGAAGUGAUUUUGCCACAUGUUUUUUCUAUAAUCAAUUUCACAAAACAAAUAUGACAUGACUACUGAAAUUGAU